CCGGCUCCACCCGCGCCCGGGGCUGUGGCCCGCCGGCGGGGAGCGGCCCGGCCGUUCACAAUCCCCUCCCCGGCGUCCCCGGGAGCUGCCGCCGCCGGAGCCGCGGGCGGACCAUGGCCGCCGAGCGAGGGCCCGGCCGCAGGAAGCCGUGUCCGCUCCGCAGCGCCCUCCGGAAGGCGGCCCGGAGCCCCGGCCCCCGCGAUAGCAGGCUGGACCCAUCCCAGAAGCUGGUGGGGCACUGGGCCUCCAUUAACUUGGUCUCCGGUGUCCCCUCCCAGCUGCCCCCGCAAGAAAGCAUGGAGUCCUCCCAGGAGGACAUUGCAAAAGCCAGGCCGACAGCCGCCAAGCUGGAGCAGAUCCUACACCCGGAGGUGCCUUCAGCCGAGACCUUUAGCUGCAACCCAGCACCCUGCCCUCACCUAUCCCUGGAGCACCAGGCAGGCCAGCUGGGGAUGCUGUCCGGGGAGUAUCUGCAGAUGUGUUUAAGCAGCAUGGGAGAGUCGCCUUUGCACAGCAACUUGGCGUCUGCCUUGCUACCUGCAGUACCUUCCUCAGAUGUUCCUUUGCUACCAGCCAGCAUGCCCCCAUCUCCUAGGGCCUCCUGCAUGGAAACCAAUGCAGCAGUGGAUCCCGAGACUGGAGAGUGGGCACUGGCCUAACCCUGUCCAUCUCGCCCCUUUUCAGAGGGCUGAUCUCUUCCCCGGGGCCGGCCAUGCCUCAGACCCGCUUCUCUCCUCCCUGCCGCCACGUCCUUCCGAGCUGGAGUAGCGACCCGCCGUUCAGCGUCCCAGCGAUACUCCCUACGCGAUGGGGGACAUUAACCACUUUCCCCUUAACGUGCUCCAGGGCGCAGCAUUUAGAAUGGUGGAGAAUAAACCCAAGCUAGAGGGUCCCACAGCAGAACCCCUGAAACCUUCCAGAUUCACACCUAAGCCCUUUGUGCCUUCCAAGCGCUCGACUUCCCGCCCAUCCUCCAUUCUAGCAAAAUCAAUGGCAGCUUUGCAACCUCUUCUAGACAGGAGCAGGCACCAGUGAAAUGCAGCCACCUCUGGGCUGGAACACAGCAGCACCGCAGAGCCUGUUAUGGUCUGUGUGCAUUUCACAGGGACAAUUUAGGGAAGGAGGUUGAUUUGGCCAGAAGCAGGGGGGGAUUCAGGUUAAGAUUUUUUUUUUUAAAUUGCGUUUUAGGUUGUCUGAGUCCCCUUAGAGGCCCCCCACUAUCAGAAAAGAUCAAGCAGGCACCCUCUGAAAAUCAGGCCCUCUGAAAAGAGGUCUCAGACUGGGUGUUCAAUGGGAAAGCAGGAUCCCCUUUACGAUCUCUGCUUCUCUCUCUCCACCCUGCCCGUCUUCCCCUCUGUCAUUCCGUCCCUGCAGCAGCUCCUGCUGGUCAUGGCCUUCCCUCUCCUGUGUUCCCCUUCCUCAUGGCAAAUUCUGUAGCCUCCCUGCAGAUCAAGUACAAUGCAAUCUCUAGCUAGGUCCUUAAGACUGCCUGGCUGUUCAGUCUACAUCCAUCAACGGUGAUCUUCUCGUACCCCCAAAGCUUUGGGCACCCACGUGAUUGCCACCCAGCAGCAGCCUCGUCCAAGCGUUUCCAUCAGCGCUGUUAGUGAACGAACACUAGUGCCAGGCUGCAGGUCCUGUGGGAAUGGGAAAACCGCACAGCUGCCCUGUUCCCCAUCGCACCUGCUCAAAUGAGCACCUCCCCCCACCCCAAAGUCCCUUAUCGCUUUUGCAAAUCUUGGUCUUUGCCGUCUACCUGGGGGUAGGUGUCUCUGGGCUUCCACCCUAUGGUUGAGAGGCGCUAGAGAAAAACCUGCAGGGUACAGAAGGCACCAGCUGCAGCCUUAAAGCAUUGAAACAAAAUUCUACUGCUUACAAUCAUGCCAACAUUUGUUUUUCCAAAGGCUGGUUUUAGCCAACUCUGUUCUUUUAAAAAGAGCUCUCCACUUUUUUAUAUAAACACUCUGGCAGAGCUCCGACCUUGGCCCUGUGGGUCCCGCGCUUCCAGGUGGGUUAUGCUAGCCUCAGCGGCUCACUGCGACCCUCCACGUAGCCCUUCUCUCUCUAGGGCCAGGGUUACAGUCUACUGAGCCCUUUUCAUCAUAAGCCAGCAAGGAGGUUGGUGAGAGAACUCCCACAGUCUCUGUUGUCCCUAAGGGCUUAUUCCAGAACAGUUUUGCCUCCUGUCCUGACAGGGGCCUGUCUUCCCCUCCCAUGAGAUGUUUCUGUAGUGGCGGGUUGGGGGGCAUCUGGGCCUGCCUUCUACUCCAGGUUCCAGCCCAGGGACCCUAAUGGUAGCAGCUGUUGGCAGCCGACCUUUCACUGCCAGAGUUGCUACAUUUCCCUGGGCCACUUCCCCACAGCUCUCCUGCUUCUUCACCCUUACUGAGGGCUUGAGGGUCUCUUCAUUAACCAGCCUUUCGGCUGCACUUCCUCUCCCUUGGCUCUCCUCAGCCUGACUGAGUGAGCCCUUUUAUAGUAUCAGAAGGGCCAUAAUUAGAGUCAGGUGUUCAUAUUACCUUAAUGACCUCACCUGACUCUUUGCAGGUUAAUUGGAGUCAGGUGUUCUCCUGAGCCUGGAAUAGCCCCUGCUCUGGUCAGUCAGGGAACAGAAAACUGCUAAUCCAGUGGCCAGUAUAUCUGCCUUCUACGACUCUGCUGUACCCAACUGGCCUGGGUCUAUCACCAGACUUUAAAGAGACAUCAAUAUUUGUCCUAUAAACACUGAUCUCACAGCCUGCCUGGUAAAAGUUAGGGGCUAAAACCUAGCCUAGGCUUCCAUGCAUUCCUUUGCAAGCGUGUUACGCAAGCUGCAGGCUGCCAGGUAGGCAAGCCAGUGUUGUGUACGAAGAGCUGUCCCUCUCUCUUAGAGAGGCAUUUCAUAUGCAGGAAAGAAUUGGCACCUACCACAGCCUCAAAGGAUUUUUUUUUUUUUUUUUGGGCUACUAGGCCCUGCCUCAAAUUUAUUUUUCUUGUUCACGCGUCACUUGCGACACACCAGCUGCAACAUUCUUGUCAAGGGUGAAUGGUUUUCCCAAAGGAGGGGGUAAUGAUGGAUGUGGGUCAAUCCAACGCCGCGUGUCAGUAGCAGAUGAGUUCCCCUUGACUGCAGAGGGCUUUGGAUGGGGGCCUAAGAGAAAGCAAGUAGGGGAGGGAUUGCUUUUGCAUUAUGUCAGUGGGGAAAAUAAAUAAAUAAAGGAUCUUUUACUUUCGUAAGUUGUGUAACUUGGUUCAGUCACUUUGAACUACCUGGAAGUUCUUGUAUAAAAGGAGCGGAGCAGAUUUAAAAAAAAUAAUCAGGCUUUCUAUCCUGCAGGAAAUUCCAGUAUGUCUGUAUCUGUUUCCAGGCUGAACUGGGGGAAAAACAGUCUCAAAACUUUUCAUGAACAUAAGAAUGGGGAUAGUGGGUCAGACCAAUGGUCCGUCUAUCUCAGUAUCCAGUCUAAAGAGUUCUAAAAAAAUUCCCAUUUGCAAGUGUCUAAUUGUUGUGGGUUGAUAUUAAGCUCUCUGCCUUCCUGAGAGGCUGCAAUGAUUGAUGGGAGUUAUAGUUCUGGGACUCAUGCUUGCCUGUGGGCUCAGUUCACUGGUUAGACUACAUUUCCCAUGAACCACUGCAGUCUCAUGCUGCUCAGUGAAUCAUGGGAGACAUAGUCCAGUCAGGGACUCCUUAGGGAGAACAAGGGCAGGAAGCACCACGGUAGCUUAGGCAGACACAGAUAGUGCUUAAAUUUUCCUGCUGAAAGUUGUGUUGGUGAAACCCCAUUUCCCAACAGGAAAAGGUUUCUUCCCACCGUUCUUCCAAGCAGCCUGGAAAAAAAAAAAAAAUCAUCCAAACUGCAACAGGCUCCUGGUCUGGUCUCAUCUGCAGGAACAGCCCGAGGAAGAUGAAACCACUAGCAGUGUGGAAUUCCUGACUCCUUCAGGCUUGCAACCCUGCAGCAAGAGGUUGGGGUUGCUUUAGCCCAGAAUCGUAGAUACAGAAACAUCACAAAGGUGGCAGGUUCAGCUCCAAAGCCCAUGAACGCUCAGCACAAGUGUGGGGGAUUUGAUCUGCAACCAACACUGGAGCCGAGCACCACACAAUCCUGUCUUUUUAAGAAUCAUCCAGCUGGAGUCCUGAAGCAGAAAGUCCCACAGGUUAGACACUCCAUGUCUACAGUGCCGUGCAACCGCACCCAGGCUCCUGCAGUGAAACCCUGGCUGCUGGGAACUCAGCGUGAGUGGUACCAGAAGACAGGAUUUCAUCACUAGAGCAUAUCUGCACCACGCUGUCACAGCAAUGCUUGAGGCCUACUGGGUGACCAUGAGCAAGUCACUUCCCCUCUCUGGGCCUCAGUUCCCCCCCCAAUCAGUAAAGUGGAGAUAGUGACACUGAACUCCUUUGGUGAAAAGAGCGAGAUAGCAUUAGAGGUUAUUACUGUUAUUUAUAUACACAGCAGACCAUUGUCCCAUUAAAUAAUUAGCUUGGGGAGGACGGGACAAGUUCAUCCCAGACAGGGAUAGUGCCGUCCAUGCUAAAGCUCUCUCUGCUCCCCUUUACACUUCUAGGCCUGUGUGCAAUACAUCACAGACAGUCCCCAACCCCCUCCCAAAGACAGCUGGAGGCAUGGAGCCAGAACUGAUCCCUUGUCAUAAAGGCAAGAACUGUUUAUAUCAGAAAUGGACUGGACCAGAAACUCUCAACCAACCACCCUGCAGCCAUAGAGUUUGGAUUCAAACACUGGGCCCACCCUCUAGGGCCUUACCCAAGCCAACGUGACUGCUAACUCACCUGUUUCUCUGAGGUUGGGUCAUCUCACGUGACACGGCAGGCAGGAUAGCACUAAAUAACGCUUAAUAGAGCAGUUGGCAAACCCAUGCCUCGUUUGAGAUCUGGACAUAACCUGUACCAGCUGAGACACCAGUUCUCUCAGGCCCAGAGCCAGCAGCUAGGCCAGGCUCAGUUGGAUUCUCUACUCUCCAGCAUCUUGCUGUCACUUGCUAGAGGGGAGCGGACUCAGACAUUGCUCUGUUAGCAACAGGAUGAACGUAGAUCAAACCCAGGCAGAGAGAAAUGCUGCUACUCUGCUACCUUGCACCUUAAGCUAUUUGGCAACCAUUAAAUAUUGAUCACAAACAGAUUGGCGUGACCGAGAAAUUAUUUCUUCCACUGGGGAAAUGCAGCCAGUUCUGGGGCGGAACACUGUAGCACAGAAACAGUAAAGAGUAAGCCAGAAAGGGGAGCAACAUCCGGUGCCAACUGAGACUGCGGGGAGAAAGGUAAAUUCCAAAUCUCUGGAAUUUGGCUGGGACACUAACUUUAAAUGGCUGCCCUCGUACCCAAAAGCCAUCUUUGAUCUUUAAAAUGACCUGGGGCAAUUCAUUUCACUGAGCAGAUAUCCCUCCAGCAACACAAUCCCACCUAACCCCCAGCGGGGGCACUGCAUCAGACCACCACACCAAAUCAGCCACGACCAGUUCCUCUAUCGGUCUGCCAUGUAGGCACCAGCCAAGCCGGGUUCACCUGGGAGAUCUUACGGGAUUGGCUUUUCACUGUGACCCACACAAGAGCCAGAAGCCCUCAACUGUAAAACUAGUUGAAUUAAAAUAGGCCACCAGAGAGCUGAGGCCCCAUUCAGCACUAGAGAAAAGAAACCAGGAUUUCAUUUCCCUUUCAAUAGGGAAAUCAGUGAAGACUUACUCCCUUUUAAUAAUUUUUUACUAUCUUCACCAUUAUCCCAGGUGGACGUUCCUGCAAUGAAGCUGGAAUGCCCUUUGACCACUGGGUCUUGCUGCCCCCAAUGGUUUGUCCUGGUCGAGCAGGACACAUGACAAUUUAUUUCAAUCCAUGGGGCAGGGAUUUGUCUACUUCGGUGUUCACACAGCAGCUAGCCCAGGGUCCC